AUGCACACACCAGUAUAUCCCCCUAUUGUAAGGCAUAAGCUCUUUGUGCUAUCACCUGCGGCUAGUGACGUGGAAUUACCCACGGCGUACGUCAAGCAAAAAAUAGCAACGAACAAAUCUAGCGAUGGCGGAAUCAAAUCCAUCAUCGACCACAUUCGCCUCAUCACUCAAGAGGUGGUACUACAGCAUACCACCAGCAGCCUUGAAGAGACACAACAGCGGGACUUUCUACGCGGUAUUAUCCGGGCCUUUGAUCAGAUUUGUUUGCGUGGCGAAAACAUCCACGUCGCGGUUCAGAAAUUAGAUGCGUCCACACUCGAGAAAACGUCUGUCAUUCAAUCAUAUUAUGCUGCAGCUGCUACGAGUGGACUGCCAAUCCUUCCGCACAAUUCAGCUUUGCUGAGCCCCCGACGCUCUUCAUCUACUCCCACCAUUGUUUACGCUAUUUUUGGAGGUCAAGGCAUUAGCGGGCUCUAUCUAGAUGAGCUCCGGUAUCUACUUACCACAUAUCAAUCGCUUAUCAAAAGUACACUACGAGCCUCAGAAGAGCUUCUACUUUCUCUGCUUCACGUAGCUGAUGCACCCGACAUCUAUGCCCAAGGUCUUGCCUUCAUCAAUUGGUUGGAAUCAGAUUCGAGCGUCCCCAGCAGAGAAUAUCUCAGUUCUGCUCCCGUUAGCUUUCCUCUGAUUGGAAUUCUCCAGCUGGUUAGUUACGAAGUUACCUGUAAGACUCUUGGUCUGCAUCCAGGGCAACUCCGAGACUCCUUGUCAGGCACUUCAGGCCACUCCCAGGGCUUGAUAGCGGCGGCUGCUAUAGCGAUUGCUGACAGCUGGGAAUCUUGGAGAACAGCAACCCGGGUUGCUGUGACGGCUCUCUUCUGGCUGGGGAUGCGCACUCAUCAAUUUUAUAGACCCGCUGCUAUUUCUCCUGCCAUGAUCAAGGAUUCCGAGAUGCACGGCGAAGGUAUACCAACAUCGAUGUUACAUCUCAGGGGAUUUGAAAGGGACGAGAUACAGACGCAAGUGUCUAAAGCCAACAAGAAACUUCGCCCGGGGUCUCAGAUCGCGCUCUCACUUAUCAAUGGACCUAAGAACUUUGUUUGUUCAGGUUCUUCGAUCGGGCUUUACGGACUCAACCGUCAGUUGAGGAAAUUGAAGCAACAAGAUUCACGGACGAGCCGCUACCUUCCAGUCUCGGCUCCCUUCCACAACGAAUGCCUGGCUACGGUUCCUGAUAUCGUUUACAGAGAUCUUGAUGGAGUCGCUAUUCACUCGAGCGACCUCAAAAUACCGCUUUAUUGCACGAGGACCGGAAGGGACCUUAACUCAUAUGGUGAUGAUAUUAUACCUGAACUACUUCGUCUGGUCCUAUCGGAACCACUGGACUGGGAAGCCGCUAGCGCCUUUCCAGGAGCCACCCACAUUGUCGAUUUUGGUCCCGGAGGUGUCCACGGUAUUGGCUCUUUGACAGAUGCAAACAAGAAGGGUAAAGAUGUUAAAGUCGUCCUGGCUGCUACAAUGCAAGGAACAUCUUCUACUCUUGGAUAUCAAGCGGAAAUCUUUCAAGGGCCUUAA